CAAUCAGAUUGCAUCUUCUGUAAAGCCUGUGACCAGGGCCUCUCACAGUGCUUUCUUGUGCUAAUAGGAGACGUAAAUGAUGAAGCUGUGGGAUGCAGCCUGACUAGCCAUCGUGGUACAUGCAGGAAAAGGGCGGCUGAGAAGAACAGCUCAUAAGCACCUCAACACUACUUGGAGUUCUGGCUCUGCCCUCACUCAGAUGAUCUGAGCCGUGCACCGACUCCCUGUAGGCCUUGCAAGUUCUCCGAGGGCCUGGCUCUCUUAGCUUGUGAGUGCUGAUAAGAAGCCCAGAGUAAAGACAAUUGAGCUCUACUGCAUUAGAAACGAAGCAAGAAGAAGGGCUGUUAUCCAGCAUGCCUGAUACAAUGGCCAGGAUCACAGUUAUUUCUGUUCUCGUCCUCUGUGCAGCCACACAGCAGGGAAGGGGAAAUGAAAUUACAGAAAAAGGCCUCUCUUUGCUAGGCUACCAUCUGUGCAACUAUAGCCUGACUAGAAAUGUGUUUAAAAUGGUUGCCUAUCAAAAGUCCUAUGAGAAAAACACUUCCUGUGGAGGAUGGAUUCCAUGGAUGAUUUGUCCCCAGACGUACUAUAAAACACAGUAUCACACGGUUGAAGUCCCUGAGACCAUGAAUCUUACAGAUUGCUGUGAAGGAUAUGAACAAGUUGGACUCUACUGCUCUUUAGCACUCAAUAGAUCCAGUGUAUUUGCCUCAAGACCUGGUAUUUGUCCAAUGGAGAAUAUGGUAACAUCUGAUUAUCCUUGCACGUUCGAUACUGAGUGUCCGGGGCUUAAAAAAUGCUGCAGCUCAUCCAAAGGAGGAGGCUGUGUGGAUCCAGUGCCAGAGGAAAGAAUAUUCUGGUACAAUGUGACAGUGCUUGUUAAAAUGGAUUUUAAGGAAUUAAUCAGAGUGGAUCCCCACCUUUUGAAUCAUUCACGCCUGUUACACUCCAUGAUUACUGGAGCGUUGCAGCCCUUGAAUGCCUCUGUGUAUCAUAUCCAGAGUAACCAUGCAGAAAUAUAUGCUGGGACAGUGGCCUCUCAGGUUCUCACUGGAUUGCACCAACCAGCUCCACUAGUGGAUGUGUCUUCUUCCUUGAAGGACAUUGUGAAGCGUGUGUAUGAAGUGAUUGACACAGAUGUGCAAGAUGUCAAUGAAUGUUCCUAUGCCGAAUUCAAUGCUUGUCCUAAGAGAGACACCUGUGUAAAUCUGGAGGGUUAUUACAGCUGCAACCCUAAGCGUGUACAUGCUGAUGGCAGUCUUCAUCAGAUAACGACAAUAAAGGAAGGCAUAGUAGCAUCUAUUCCAAGUGCAGCGUUGGAUCCCAUUAACACUAGCAAUAGCUCUCAGUCUAUAAGUAAUUCAACUCUCUUGUCCAUGACUAACCAAUCUGCUGAGGCUGGAUGCUAUCUCCCUUCAAUUAGAAACCACCGAAUCUUCAGUGUUACCAGCAGCAGUUUUGAAAUGUCUUGGCACAUCACUUCCACUCUGAACCAUACUUUCCAAGUCCAAGUGUUCAAGGACAAGGAGAUCAUACAAAACCUGAAGACAGAGGAAAUGAAAAUGGAUGUAUCUGGAUUGCAAACAGGUGUGAUGUAUUCAGUAGAGAUCAGCUAUGAAACCUGUGGAAAAAACAUCAUCUCCCAUCAAAAUGUUAAAACAGAGGCCAAGAUAUUUGGUGUCACUAUGAGGAUCCUGAACUACAACUUCACUGAAGAUUUCUAUGAUGCCAGCAGUUCAGCAUAUCAAGAAUUUUCAAGAUUGUUGUUUACAGAGAUUGGAAAUUCAUUUCCGCCCAACAUUUCUGGCUUAUACAAAUCUGGGAAGCUGAAAGUGCAGAUUGAAUCUCUGCAAGCUGGAAGCAUCAUUGUGAGGCUCAGAAUCACUGUACAGGAUCCCGAGUUUCCAGUCGAUGCCUCUACAUUUUUCCCAGUGCUUUCUUACCUGUACAAUAGUUCUAGGCUUUUGGUGGAUCAACAAAACACCUCAGUAGAAGACUGGGAUGAAUGCGCUUCGCAGUCUGAGAACGACUGCUCCGUGUUUGCAGAGUGCAUCAAUUUGAUGGGCUCGUACCUGUGUCGAUGCAAGACAACCAUGGACACCAAUCCAUCCCGACCUGGAAGAAACUGUGAAGGUGAAAUUGUGAACCCCCUUACUGAAACAACGGCCCUCGAAAUAACAGGCACCACAGAGACUGCUCCUGAAGUGAGCGCUGCAGACUCUGCUUCCCUGGCCUUCACUGAGAUGGAGGUGGUAGCUGCCGUAGGCUCCAGAAUGAGCACUACCAUCCAUGUCCCUGCUGUACUGCCCCUGAGUGACAAGCAAGCACCCCACAGCCAUUCUUCCACCAGUGCUCCUCCAGCCACUUGGAAAAAAGACCUGUCAUCACAGAUUGGCUUUGGCAGGGAAAACAGCUCCAGGGUCAUGGGGGCUGCAGCCAGCGAGGAACUGGCUGUGACUACAGAGCAGCCGGAAGCUGUAAGUCUCUCACAGCGAAGCUUGGUGGGAGAGGCUUCCCCUGGUUCAUUGCAACAUGCAGCUGCUCUCACAAAUGCACCCACGGGCAUGGCUGGGCAAAAGCAACUCAGUUCGCCAUUGCCAAUGUUGUCAAAUCAAACGGCCAAUGAUACUACAGGAAGACACGCAGCUUUUGGUGUGCCUGAGGUAAGCUCUCAGGAUGGCCCCAGUACAACUCUGCUGGUCACAGGAGAUGCUGGAGUUCUUACUCUCAAUACCACUCUCAAAAUUCAUGUAGAGACGGAAAGAAACAACAGCUCUUCGUCUGAGAAAUAUUUUGGCAUCCUGGGGUCGCCAGCUUUGCCAGACUCCUCUCAGGCUUCCAGCCCAACGCCAGGCUCGGCCAUGGACUGCACUGUCCAGAAACUUAAUGGGAUGGUGCGGAUAACAAAUGUGAAAUUCUCUCUGGGCUUUAGUAAUACAAGCAGUGAGGAAUUUCAAAACUUUGCACGGCUUUUUGUUGAUGAAGUACGUAACUCUCUGCCCCCUGAGCUCCUUCUGAAAAUGGAUGCCGGUCUGAUUAAAGUGUUGAUAACUGGUAUUACUAAUGGGAGCACAGUGGUAAGUUUCAAUUUACUGAUUGCAGAAGACGUGGAUAUCUACUACAUCAUCACAGCUUUUCGCAAUGCCUUUGAACACAGCCGCUAUUUCAUGGUUGACAAGAGCAGUCUCUCCAUAAACGAUUAUGAUGAGUGCACGAGGGAAGAAGAUGACUGCUCCCCAGAUGCAUCAUGUCAUAACACACUUGGGUUUUAUGAGUGCAGCUGCAAUGAAGGAUUUGCUGAUGUGCACCCAGAAAAGCCUGGAAGAAACUGUGAAGCAUUUCCUGUCCACCAGGAGGCAACAGUGAUGGAGAAGAAACCUGUACAUAAAACAGUUUUACCUGUGCUAUCUCUGCCGACCUCUACUCAUGUUUCGUCCCCUGCUGCAUUGGGCUCCUCUAUUACGGGGCACAAAGCUCUGGACAACACCAUCCUCUCCAGUGUGGUGCUGCCUCCUUUCACCACGGAUCCAAUGUCAGCUCCUGACUUUUCUCCUCAAACAUCUCCUCUCCCCCUUGUUAAACCUACCAAGGAGGUUUCCGUUAAAGAUGCAGUGAGAGUGUUCUGUGAAAUUGAGAAGAUAGUCCUUACCAUCCAGAAGAGAUUUUUACAGCAGGAAUCUACCCCCGAAUCCUCACUCUGCCUGGGGGAGCCUCUCUGCAACGUGAGCACCAGCAACCGCACUCAUGUUGUACUGCAAGCAGGCUGGGGCGACUGCGGUAUUGAAGUCGAGACAAAUGUGACUAAUACUGUAGUGAAAACAAUACUUCGGAAUGACGUUUCUGCUCAGGGAGUAAUCCAGUACUUAAAAAUUGCCAGUCCAAUUCACUGUGUGUUUCAGAACAAUCUCUUGGCUUCAUCUGGAUACACUGCGGAAGGAAUUUACACCAUUUUUGAGGAUUUACAUGGAUCUGGACACUUCAGAACAGAAAUGCAGUUGUUCAUUGGAAACUCCCCAAUACCUAAAAAUUUCAGUGUCUCUGCCAGUGACGACGUACUGAUUGAAGUGGGGAUCCAGAGAGAGAACACCAAGCUCAAGGUGGUCCUCACUGACUGCUGGGCAACUCCAACUAAUAAUUCAGGGGAUCCCCUCUCAUUCACUUUUAUCAACAACAGCUGUCCCAUCCCAAACACAUAUACCACACUGCUAGAGAAUGGAAACUCAAGGAAAGCACAGUUUAAGCUGAAAAUAUUUUCCUUUGUCAACAAUUCUGUGGUUUACCUACACUGCAAAGUUCGUAUUUGUAUGGAGACAGCAGAAAGUACUUGCAGGACGAGAUGUCGUGGGGUUCGAUCCCUGAAAACUGGUGAAACUGUUGCUACCCACAGGACGUCCUGGGGACCCCUAUGUAAAUCUGCUGCAUCUGAUGCAAAGAGAGAGAAGGAGGCUGGGCUAGGAGUUGGAUACAUCAUCCUUAUUGUCAUUGCUGCAUUUGUUUUCGUGCUGGGAGUUGCGGGCCUUUUCUUUUUCCGGUACCAGCAAAAGACAGGAGGAUACAAUUUCAGAAUCAAGUCUGACAACUUCAGCUACCAAGUGUUCUACGAUUAGCUAUGUUCAAGUUACCAGAUAUGGACUAUGUCUCAUCGCAUAGAGAACAGCAGCUUGUCUUCACCUAGCUUUUGGCUUUUAUUAUUCUUCAUGAUGCUGAUCACAGCUGGUUGCAACCCUGACUCUUCCAAGUUAAUGUCAGAUAUAAAAAGGAUUCUGUAUCUCUCUAAUUUUUCUAUCAGUCUGGCUUUUCCUUGGCGUCCUAAGAAAUAUUUGUGAUUGCAGCUCUAGACUGAAGUGAAUUUGUUUGGCAAUUUUUCCAUGGAAAAAAUAAAAGGGAAAAAGAAAAGACUUCAUGGUUCUCUAGUCAUGUUCCACCGUCUGGCUCUCCCACUGUGUCAUGUUGCAAUGUGCCCUUCUUGUAUCACUUGUGCUGUGACAACUGACAAGCUUGAUGUUUCUAUAAAUACUCCAGGAAGUAAAUCAGCAAAGCGUUGGAGAGAGCUCCUUUUCAAUUUGCUAUUCACCUGUUUACUUAGGGCGAGGUUGAAGCCCUGAGCUGCAGUGAUGCUGAAGACUUAGCUGUACAACGCCUUAAGUAUACAGAAGCUGAAGAACAAGCAAUAGACUUGCCAGCAAAUAAAGAACAGACACCAUGAAUCUGUGGCUUAACCUGCCUCAAGUGUUCUUCAGCAUGAGUUUUGAGAUUUGACUGUGAAGUUUCUAAUCAAUAAGGGCUUAGUGGAAA